AUGUCUUCUCAUGGCCUAGUUAGUUCAUUUGAAAAGCUUGAAAUGUUUGUUGGAGAAGAUUCUAAUGAAAAUCAUGGGACUCAAUCUGAUGCAUCAAGUUCAACUAGGGACACCUUAAAGGCUCUAACUUACAAUGCUGAUCAUGGCCCUUACUUCAUUGAUGAUGCUGACAAAGCUUAUAUCAUCCUCCUUAAUGUGUUUCGAUAUCUUUCGAUAAAGGAUCUUCAGGCGGCAAUGCAGGUUUGCAAAGUGUGGAACCUGGUUGGGUCCGACAAAAUAUUUUGGAAGAGAAUAAGUUUAAAUAACUGUAUAGUGCAUGACACUGAUAUGAUGGUACGAACCCUCAAGAAAUGUGGGACUGAAAGAUUAGAUUUGAGGGGAAUGAGCUCCUUCAAGAUGGUUAGACUACUUCCUUCUGAUGAUAAUUGGUCAAGUCUAUUAAAGGGAUUGAUUAAUACCAUAGAAAUGCCAGAUAAAUGGUUAAGUCUUUGUGAAGCAUUAACUAAAGUAACCACCCUGACUGAGGUAACUAUAGAGGAAUGUUCUGCACAUGCAGUAAAUUUGUUAGCUAAAGGAGCCCCACAACUUAAAUCAUUAGUUGCAUAUCGUAUUAUUAAAGGACUGGACAUGGGAAUGGGAUACAUGGAUAUAACCUUCCUUAAAGAUAUGAGAUGUCUUAAAAAAUUAAGACUAGAGAACGCUGUCUCCAGAGAAUUAAGUUUUGAUAAAACUUCUGAUAAAAUAGAACUCAAUCUCACAUCAUUAGCUAUCACUAGAGCUGUCAACUUAUCGUGUAUUGAACACAUUCUUCCGCCUACAUUAGUGUCGCUAGAAUUGGGGGAAUGCCAUUCUUUGUCAUUUAACUUCCCUAAAGAUGUCUUACCAAAACUUGUAAACUUGACUAGAUUGAGACUGGAGUUGUGCAACAAUACUUAUCUAGUAAUAAUGUUAGUAGAAGCAAUAUCGAAACUACCAAAUUUAGCUGAGUUAGAACUCAUCAAUUUUGAAAUUUCAACUGGUUUUGGAAAGGUAAUAGCAAAAUGCAUCAACCUAAAAUCACUUCUUAUAAUUCCAUUGUAUGGCAAAAUUCCUAAACAUUUACACCCUCUAAUGAAUUCAUUAAUUGUAUCUGGGGUAUCCAAGUUGAAAAACUCCUUGCAAGUAUUUGUUUGGGUAGUAACAGAUUCAAUGCUUUCUGUUGAAAAUGCACGCAGCCUGAGAAUUGGUCAAAAUCCGGUAAAGGUUAGAGUGAUUGGGCGUGGUGAUGUUAUUCCAUUAAUUUCAAAUAAUGGUGCUGGUUUUAGGAUAGAUUUUAUUUCAUUGGAUAAUGUUCAAGCAUUAUUAUUGCAAGAUUUGAAAUUUAAAGUUUUUAAAACUCCUUUCUCGUCAACAUGGAAGCUUUCAUUGCAUAAUAUUAGGAUGUAA